UUUAGCUGGACCGUGGGGGUGGGGGGUGGAGGACGCCUUUGGCCCGAGGCGGCUGCGGAAACAGUAGCUACCUUUUCUCCUGCCAAGGCUCUGCUGCUUUAUUUUUCUGCCUCGCCUCUCCAUGCGUGCCGAGCUUCCCUUACUCCUGAAUUUAUUUUGCUUGGCGGCGGCGGCGGCAGCGACUCUUACGCAGAUACCAGUUGCUUGAGUCAUAGGCUUUGACACAAGACAGAUGGCUGCAGUUGGUAGGCGUGCAGGCUGCCUGAUGCUACAGUUGAUGAAACAGAAUAGGAAGACCUUUUAUGAUCAGCUGCUGGACCCCAGUAAAACUACAGCUUUGCUAGGGUCACGUAGGGAAAAAAAGAACUAUAAGGUGACUUUUUCUGAUGAAGAACUGAGAAAGCGGCUGACACCUUUGCAGUACCAUGUUACUCAGGAGAAAGGAACUGAAAGUGCCUUUGAAGGAGAAUAUACAUACCAUAAAGCCCAUGGGAUAUACAAAUGUGUUGUUUGUGGAAGUCCUUUAUUCAAAUCUGAAACUAAGUUUGACUCCAAUUCAGGAUGGCCUUCAUUCUAUGAUGUAAUCAACUCUGACACAAUUACAUGUACUGAUGAUUACUCAUUUGGGAUGCACAGGGUUGAGACAAGCUGCAUUCAGUGUGGUGCUCAUCUUGGCCAUAUAUUUGAUGAUGGGCCACGUCCAACUGGAAAACGAUAUUGCAUAAAUUCAGCUUCAUUAGCUUUUGAGCCUGCAGACAAGAAUAAUGCUGGAGAAAAAAAUGCUAGUUCUACAUCUGCACAACCAAAUAAGACAGAACUGUAAUGGGAAUCCGUUGCUUAAGAUUGUUUUCCUAGAUGACGUGGAAAGAAUAUUCUAAAUGAUUUUCAAUCUUACCUACUAUUUUUAAAACAUACAAAGAUGUUCUGCAGUAUAUAGUUUUUUUCCUGAUCAAAAUGAGACAUGUUAAUUUCUUUUCCUAUAUCACCACACAUAACUAUUUCACAACUUCUGUGCUUUGAGGCAUCCCAUAACAAAAUGACUUUUGACACUAUGAUGUUGAUUACUUGCAUUUUUCUUAAAAUAACAAUUAUAUUCCUUCAUAUUUUUCAUUCUUUUCAUUCAGUACACAACUAUAGUAAGAAAACAAUUUUCUAAUGGUACUUAGGCAAUUUUGUUUUGAUUUACACAUAUACAGGUAAUCCCCGGGUUACAAGUGUUCCCAUAGCGAAUGUUUGAAGUUACGUGAUAACGCCCCCUAGUAUUUAUGAACAAAUCCCAAAACUAUGAAUGUUGCAGCACUGAGGCAGUUGUUUGUCCUUAUGAACAACCACAGAAGCUCUGCAACAUUUGCCCUGCCUAUUCCACCCUCUGCUCCAGGUUUUCAUAGGCACUAGGCCUGUGGAUACUCACCUUGCGAAGAUCUAGAGUUCCUUCGCUUUCCUUGCCUGUUUUGGCACUUCAGGCCUUCAGUGACCACACAGAGAAUGGAGGCCUAAAGUACUGCAAGAUUUUCUGAGAUCAGUAGCGCGAGAUCUCAUGCUAUUGAUCUUUCGUGGUCUCGUGGUACUUUAGGCUUCCAUUCUCUGCAAACAGAGGUCUAGGCAAAAUCUGCAGCAAAAGGCUUUGCAAAUGAAAGGAAGGCCUGAAACAUCAAAGCUUUCCCUCCAUUUGCAAAGCCUUUCGCCAUUCUUGCAAAAAACCUUUGUAGUCCAAAUGGAGCUUCACAGCUCCAUUUUCUCGUCCAGAACAUUGCAGCCUGAGAUAGAGCUCUGGAGGGGCAUGCACGCCCUUCCAACGUUCUGUUUUGGUGUGGGCAGGCCUCGUCUGGAGCUCCAUUUUGGGCUGCAUAGUGUUGAACGAGGCCUGCCAUAUCAAAAUGGCGCUUCGUCCCCUGCCUCUCCAAAGCUCUGUUUUGGGCUGCAAAGUGCCAGAUGAGGCCUGUGCAUGCCAAAAUGGAGCUUUGGCCCCUGCCCCUCCAAAUCUCAAUUUUGGGCUGCCACACCAAAACGGAGCUUCAGAGUGACAUGUGCGGCUGGUAUUUCAGCAGGUUGUGGAGGCCUUGGUCUUAAGGAGGUGGCCUGUUUUACCACUAGCACCCCCCCCAUGGGUUUCCCCACUCUGAAAUACCUCAUGUGCACUUAACAAGCCUCGCAUUCGAUUAGCGAAUGCAUGGGCGAAAGGAGGGAGUGAUCACAUUUAAGGUAUGAGAUUCACUCCCAUGAAUCCUAGGGUUACGAAUGGAAUGGGCAGGCUCCAUUCCAUUCAUAACCCAAGGACUACCUGUAGUCAACUAACUGUAAUUAUUGUACCAUUCCAUAAAUGAGGCUGUAUAAUUUAGUAAAAUCAAUCCAACUUUUGUCUUGGAUUUCUGCAAAAGUAUUCAUCUACAUAAAUGGCAACCAUACAUCCCUGCCUUCAGUUAAAUAAAUACUAUUUUU